UUGAUAAACAUUUACAUGCAUAUCAAAUAAUGUUGUGUUUUGCUAAAGAAUAUGGAAGUGAAUUUCCUAAUACAUUAUGUGGCACUACAUUCAGAAAACAUAUAGCUACUAUGGGAAUUACACUUAAUUUAUCAGAUAAUCAGAUUACAGAUCUAGCAAAUUUUAUGGGCCAUCAUGAUAAAAUACAUAAAGAAGUAUAUAGGAAACCAGUAAUAGUUAAAGAUAUAACAGAAGUUUCACAACUUCUAGAAGCUGCACAAGGUGUCAGGGAUGCAGCAAAUAAUUUAAUUGAUGAAAGCGACAGUGACACCGAAAAUAAUGAAAAUAAAGAAAAUCAAGAGUUACAAAUUACUUAAAGAAAUAAAUUCUUUACAAGAGACAAGUGAUGAUUCGCCAUCAACUCCAGUAUAUAAGAAACGUACAAAAACCGAAAUUAAAGCGGUGCGAAAGAAACGUAGGUCAGGAGACGCCUUUGCGACACCUGUUAAACGAAUAGCCUGGACACAAGAAGAAAAAAGCGUUGUAUUAGCAACGUUUAGAGAACAAUUACAAGCUGAUACACCAAUAACUGGAAAAGAAAUGAAGAAUCUUAUAACUUCUACUCCAUGUUUAGCGAAACGAACAGUUCCACAAAUAAGAACAUGGUUAUAUUCUCAAAAACAAAAAGGAAUUAAUUUCUAAAACUAUAACAUAAGUUAUCUAUUAUUAAACACUUUUUAUUUGAAAAAAAUCUAUAUACGCAAUAAAUAUAAUUUCUGUUAAAAAAUAUUUCCGAAAUAAUUACGAAGAAACAAAAUAAUCCAAUAUAAUCUUGAUACAACUUCCAAUAUGCAAUAUUAACAUUAUAUGAUAAAAAUGAUUAUUUAUGUUUCCAUAAUGUGAUAAUAUUAUUUUUAUGCUCAUUGUUUUUAGUUUAAACAAUUAUAUGAUUUCAUACAUUUUUUCAUUUAAUAUAUCCUAUUAUA